AUGAGUUCUGUGGCCCGACGUCACGUUCCAGUGGGAUUCAAACAUGGAGAAACAACGGUGAAGGGAUUCAUCCAGAAAGUUCACUGUCCUCACCCACAUCUGAAUGAUUCGCUGGAUGGGGAAAUCCAGGCCUUCCUCACUGAUGAAGACCAACUGCACACUUAUGAUGACCUUACUAAAGUCAACCCGGUGACUCCAACAACAGUACUAAAAUGUUUGCAGGCCAGGUACAGUGUGAACAUGUUUUACACCCAUGCUGGCUGCACCUUGGUGGCUCUAAACCCCUUCCAGCUCGUUCCGGACCUUUACUCUCUGGAUGUGAUGAAGGAGUAUCAUCUCGCUUCUCAGCCUCAGGAGUUUAAACCACAUAUAUUUAUUGUGGCAGAAGAAGCUUACAGGAAUGUUCAGGGUCAGCUGGAGCCGGUGAACCAGUCCUUGGUGGUCAGUGGUGAGAGCGGAGCUGGAAAGACAUGGACUUCUCGUUGUCUGAUGAAAUAUUAUGCCAUUGUGGCAGCCUCCUCAUCGGUGAUGAAGAGUCAGGACACAGUAGAGAGGAUAGAGAGGAGGGUGUUGGACUCCAAUCCUCUAAUGGAGGCCUUUGGGAACGCCUGCACACUAAGAAACAACAACAGCAGUCGCUUUGGGAAGUACAUCAAGCUGCAGCUAGACAGGUGUCAGCUGCUAAUCGGUGCUUCAGUGCAGACAUAUCUGCUGGAAAAGACCAGAGUGUCCUGUCAGCCAGCCAACGAGAGGAACUUCCACAUCUUCUACCAGAUGAUGAAAGGGGCCACAGACGAGCAGAGAAAAGAGUGGAAGAUGCAACACGACCAACAUUUUGUUUGGCUGCCAAAUUCUGAAAAACAAGUUGAAGAAUAUUAUUUUCAUGAAACUGUUGGGGCAAUGGUGCAUCUGGGAAUUGAUGCAGAAAGACAAAGACAAAUAUUUAAGAUUCUAGCAGGAAUUCUGCAGUUGGGGAAUGUGACUUUCUGCUCUUCCACCAACGAAUUGCAGUCUUGUGAUCUUGAUGAGCAGUCUGAAGACUUCCUACAGAGAGCUGCCGAGCUGCUGUGUGUUUCUGCAGACGAGCUUCAGACGUGUUUAAGAGUGAGGACUCUCAAGGCGGGGAGGCAAAGCGUGUUCAAACCCUGUUCCCAGGCGGAGUGCGGUGUCAGGAGAGACUGCCUGGCCAAAGUCAUCUAUGCCCAGUUAUUUGAGUGGUUGGUUACAUUCAUAAACAACAGUAUGUGUGCAGACAAAUCCACGUGGUGCAAUUUCAUAGGAAUCUUAGACGUGUACGGCUUUGAGUGUUUUCAGAACAACAACUUGGAGCAGCUGUGCAUCAACUACGCCAAUGAGAAACUCCAGCAGCACUUUGUGGCUCAUUAUCUCCGAGCUCAGCAGGAGGAAUACGUGUCAGAGGGUUUGGAGUGGUCUUUUGUCAAAUAUCAAGACAAUCAGACCUGUUUGGAUCUUAUCGAGAGAAACCCUGUCGGCGUGUUUUCUCUUCUUAAUGAGGAGAGUCGUCUCAACAGAGCCUCAGAUGCUUCAACUCUGAGGGUUCGUUUGGAGAAGGAGCUUUGCAAUAAUGCCAACAUCAGCUGGGACAGGCUCAGCAAGGUGCCACACUUCACUGUGGCUCAUUAUGCAGGCAAAGUUAACUACCAGAUAGAGGGCAUGGUGGAGAAAAACAAGGACCCGGUGCCACCAGAGCUCAUCAACCUGCUUCAGAGUUCUGACAACCCCCUCCUUCACCAGAUCUUUUCUGUCAAAGAAUCUGAGAACCCAAAUAACAAGGGGCUCAGUAAAGUGACUGUGGUCUCAAAGUUCAAGGACUCACUGGAGAGCCUGAUGAAUAUCCUCUUGGGCACAACGCCUCAUUACACCCGCUGCAUCAAGCCCAACCCUGACUGCAAGCCGUUGACCUUUAGAAAGGAAGAGGUUAUCAUGCAGCUGGAGGCCUGUGGGAUUGUCGAAACCAUUCACAUCAGUGCUGCGGGCUUUCCAAUCAGAAUUCCUUUCAAAAGCGUCCUGCGGCGGUACGGACUGAUUACCAAAUGUUCACCAUCAGGGAGUUUGGAGGAUGAUAAUAUUCAUCAGGAGGUGGAAAAGGUCCUCAGUGUUGUGCUCCAUCACUUGUCCCGUGACGAUCGCAGCUCACUGGUCCACUGUGGAAAUACUAAAGUCUUUCUCACUCAGACCAUGCUGGAUUUGCUGGAGGAUCAGAGGAAGAAGAUCAUGUCCCAGCAUGCCUUCUCCAUUCAGUGCUGCUGGCUGCGGUAUCAGUGCCGUAAACGCCUCGCUCGCAGGCGGUCUGCUACUUUGAUCCAAGCAGCGGUGAGGUCCUGGCUGGUCAGGAAGCAGAUCCAGAGAUGGAACCGAGCAGCUGCAGUGAUCCAGAAGACCUGGAAGAAGUGGAGGGCGCUGUUGAACUCCUUGGCUGAAUCAGAACUUGAUGAUGCAGAGGACCUCAUAUCAGAAGAUGUCCCAGAACUGAACCAUGUUGUUUGGGAGUAUGGCUCAGUGCAGCUCUCCACUAUUCAGGAGCCCGUCACGGUGCUUGGGUGGCCCAUGGGCCUUGCUCUGGCCGGGGCCCCAUCCGUGACGGUUUCUCUGACAGCAACAGGCUUCCAGAAGGUUCUGUCUGUCAUGGCCUCCCUCAACCUGCCAUCCAGGAGAGGGGAGUACAAGGUGGAGACCAAUCAGUACCAGCAGGGGCUCGCCUCUAUACGUGCUCAACCCAGAGGAUCCGUAAAGCUGCACUACCAGCGAUCUCCACUUCUGUAUGCUGACAGGCAGCCAGACCUGAAGAGCAAUGUCACAGGCUUUAAUGAGAUCCUGCUGGUGAAGACUUUGUAAGAUUUCCCGUUGCAGAACGUAAUGG